AUGGUGAUAUUCGAAGGAAAAGGGCUUUGGGGAUUUAUGGAGUUUUUUUGGGUCUUUUCUAUUAUUCUCGAAUCCGUCUGCGUCCUUCCACAACUGCUCCUCCUCCGGCAAACCUCCGUUCCGACCGUUAUCGACUCCUUCUACCUAGUAACACUGGGUUCUUACCGCGGUCUCUAUAUUUUGAAUUGGAUAUGGCGCGGAUUGGACACCAACGACCGCAAGCCUGAGCCCAUACCUAUUAUCUUUGGCGUCAUCCAAACAGCAUUUUACCUCGAUUUUUUCUGGGUUUACUAUUCUAGACAGAGGGUCAAACUUAGGAAUGGGGGAAUUGUGGAUGCUGAUGAUGUGCGUAAUGGGUGGUUGUUAAGCAGAGUUUUUGGAAAUAAAAGGGUCGUGGGCGAUAUUGAUGAAGAUGAAGAAAGUGCACCAGCCCUUGGUGGUGAUGGGACUCUAAAUGAAAGAAGCUCCCCCCCUCGUAGGGCGGCGGGGUCGAAAUGGGGAUCCAGAGGGAUCAGCGUUUCAGCUGAUGAGGGAGUAAUGGAGAGUGAGAGGGACAUACAUGACACGUUUGAGGAGCAAGAGGAGGGGAUUGUGGAUGCCGCCGGGGAUGCGGAUCCAGAUGCGAAGUUAAAGGAUCCAGACGAGUUAGCAAGGGCAUUGGAGGAGGAGGAGGAGGAUGGUUUUGAUGACGGUGUUCUGGCCUCAAACGGAUCGGAAUGGAGGGAUGGAAGCAACUAG